AGAGAGAGAGAGAGAGAGAGAGAAAGAGAGAGAGAGACAGAGAGAGAGAGGUUAUACAGUCAAAAGGAUAACAACAGUGAGAGAAGUAAAGAAAGGAAUUCCAUUUGGAAUAAGGGAGUUUGACGAGUAGCAAGGAAACAGCAAAGGAGAGAGAAAAGGCCACUCAAGGGACCACAGUAGUGAGAGGAGAUAGAGAGACACUGAGAGAUACAGAGAGAGGACAGGAAGCAGCUAUCUCUCCAUCUCCUCCAUGGUGUUGUAGGCGUCUAUGGGUCUGUCAGUCAAUCGGGACGACAGGCGGACACACUCACUCGCCGGCUCUCUUGUCUCUCGCACACGCUCACACUGAUGACUUUGCUGUGUGUGUGUCUACAGAUGGCAAACCUUGUGACAUCGUUGUGCUGUGUAGUUCUGGCCGCAGUGGUGGUAGCCUACGCGCAGAGACGCAGUCAGCUUGUUGCUAGGAACCAGUAUGAGCGAAUGAGCAGUGAUGUCACCAUGCAGUGCGGCUCCCUGGACAAUGACGCAUCAGUGUCAUGGAAGGUGAACGGGACAGACGUGAAGGCCCAGCACCAUCUAGAGGGUCCCAGACUGAUGCUGACCGGAGUGGACCUCAGCCACAACGGACUGUACAGCUGCUUUCAGAACCCGCACGGAGAGAGACGCGACACCAUCUUCCUCCACAUCGGCAUUCCACCGCGGGAGCCCACAGUCACCUGCCGAUCCAACACCUACCCUAAGGGCUUCUACUGCAGCUGGCACCAGCUGCACCCAACGUACAUCCCCACCACCUUCGAAGUGGACGUACAACAUAACCAGCGUUCACUGGAGGUGCAGAAAGAUCCGGACCACAAGAAUCGCUGUCGUGUACGUUUUCCUGAGGUCUUCUCCAGCUUCCCCUACAAAGUAAACGUGACAGCAGUCAAUGCCUUGGGGAAAGCCUCUACCACCAUUUCCUUUGAAGAGUCCAGUAUAGUCAAACCAGACCCCCCGGAGCGUGUGACUGCGACCCCGAUCCGUUUCAACGCUCGGAGACUGGAGGUAUCCUGGCACAGCCCUGCAACCUGGCCUGACAUUGACAACUUCCCUCUGAAAUACUUCCUUCGAUACCGGCCACUCAUCCGAGAGCAGUGGCAGCAUGUGGAGCUAUCUGACAGUACCUCCCACACCAUCACCGAUGCCUAUGCUGGGAAGGAAUACAUCAUCCAGGUGGCUGCCAAGGACACAGAGAUUGGAACAUGGAGUGACUGGAGUGUUGCUGUCCAUGCUACACCCUGGAUUGAAGAUCCUCUGCCGAUCACUUCCACUACUGAAGUGGACUUUCCCACCGAAACUAAGACCUCCCCCAUACCGUCCUCCAACGCACCACAGAAGGCUGAACCUCCAGUGGGCAGAGCUGCCAGGCUCCUCACGUUUUUCUCCCCUUUGCUGUUAGGAAUGCUGCUGCUGUUCAUGUGGUCCAGUGUGUAACAUUCAGGAGGAUCUAUUUGCAGAAAUGGAAUAUAAUAUCCAUAGAUGUAAAUGUCUUAUUCCUGAAGGCAGUGGGAGGAAGAAGAGGAGGAGGCUGGUCUUUUUUCUAUUUUGCACAUGUUUCAAGGAUACAGUGCAUUGAUCAUUUCUGUCCAUCACACAGUUACUCACCAAGAUUACUUAGACAUGAAAUCAGACGAUGAUAAUGCGAUUCAGCAUUUUUGAUUAACGGUGACAAACAAAUUCUUCAGAGGAACUUUUGAAAGCGACAUCCUCAUCAUCAACAACAACAGCAGCAGCAACAGGAGCAGCAACAACCACAACAACAACAGUAGUGAGAUCAGCAUAAACAGUCUUACAGUACCCCCUGGUGGCUUCGAUGGGCCGCAGCAGACUUUGUUUGGCAGACAACAGUUUGGUUUGGGAAUCUCCUCUUCAGAGCAAAUAAAUCAACUCCUCAGAUGACAAAUUCUCCCCUUAUUACCUUUUGUUCUUUUUUUAUUCAUAAAUUUAGAGUCUUAAUUUCCACUUCUCAAAUUGCAGCACUGUACAGACAAACACACACAUACCUAGAGCAUACGCGUGUGCGUUUGUGUGUAUAGUCACCGUAGCAGUCCCCAUACAGCUAAAUCAUCAUGCCAAAGACUCAACUUCACCCCCCUAACAAAAACGGUUCCCAAACAAUUCACUGAGCUUCCUGAAGCCUGUGUCUGCCUUUGUCAUGGGUUCGCAACCCCAGAGAGAUGUGUGCGUGCGGGUGUGUUUUUUUGCACAACACCCGAUUUGAGAGCAACUCAAACGGUACAUGAAUGAAACUGAGGAACCCCCGCAGCUCCUGUUUGUGAAAACCAACCAUUUAACAAAGAAGCCACAAAAAUACCCAAUCAGACUCUGAAUCUCUCAACUCGGAGUGCUGAAUCCAAUAGACGGAGCGAGUCGUUUUUCGAUAUGAAGACUAACACUUUGAAGAAUUCAGUAACGGUAGUCUGGCUUAUUUAGACAGUUAGCUUUACACUCUGCUUUCAGCGACUGGCAAAGAGGACCUGGAUUGUAAAAAACAAAACAAAACAAAAAAAACAAUAAAGUGGAUUUGAGACUGAACAAUUCUUUGCCCACCCAUUUGUUUUGGUUCGACUUUGAUGACGACAGGGUUGGUUAUUGAUACGAGCUAUGUUGGGUUUCCAUUCUGCUCUGUGCUGUAAAAUACAAUAACACAAAACAGUUUGCUUUCUGACGCCUUUAAAAACAUAAAAAAAAAUGUCUUUUUGCAGUUUACAUUUCAAUAGCCAAUAUCACCAGUUAAUAUUAUGUUAUUCAAAGGAAUAUCGAUGUGUUUUAUUGUAUUCUUUUUUUUAUUUUAUGGACAAAUAAUAAAAAACACACAUAGAGGAUUUUAGUUUUUUUUCAGACAUUCAUAAUGGCUUAAUUCUCCUUGAUCCUAUUUUGUAAACUAUGAUAUGUAACUUUAACAUUGAACAAAAAGUUUAUUAUUUAAUAAUAAUAAUAAUAAUAAUGUAUGUAUUAGCAGUAGAAUGUCGUAACCUGUACCUGGGGUCUUUUUUAUAGAUGUAUAUACAAUGACAGGUUUCAACCAUUAAAUGUGACCAUUUCACAAUGAA